ACAAUUUUGUCUAUAAAAACCCAUCACACCCCUUUGGAGAUGUGCACAAAUUGAAAGACACGUUCACUAAGUCAGUCCAAUUGUGUCCUAGACAGAACCCAACCAGUACUAUGGCCAAACAAAACCAACUCUCAUUCCUCAUAGCCGCUCUUUUGGUCAUCAUAGUCCAUGUUUCGGAAACGCUUUGUCGCCCUCUCGGAGGGGAACACUUGUUAAAGCAACAUGAGGAGUGGAUGUCGGUCCACGGGCGCGUCUACAAGGACUCCGACGAAAAGGCGAAACGGUACGAGAUAUUCAAACAGAACGUUAAUCGCAUCAACGCCUUUAAUAACGAUAAGGAAGUGGGGUAUAAAUUGGCUGUGAACAAGUUCGCGGACCUAACCAACGAGGAGUUCCGCGCUUCCUACACCGGCUACAAGAGGAGGUCCACCAGUGUCCUGUCCUCUGCAGAUGCGAAAUCGUUCAAGUACGCGAACUUCACAGCCGCUCCGGCCGUCUUGGACUGGCGGACCAAGAAGGCUGUAACGUCUGUCAAGGAUCAAAGAAAGUGUGGAUGUUGUUGGGCGUUCUCUGCCGUGGCGGCUAUAGAAGGGAUUACCAUGCUCAAGAAGGGGAAACUGGUGUCACUCUCGGAGCAAGAACUCGUGGACUGUGACGUCAACGGUAUCAACCAAGGUUGCGAGGGCGGCCUCAUGGACAGCGCCUUCCAGUUCAUCAGAAGCAAGGGCGGCCUCACGAGUGAGGUGAACUACCCUUACCGGGGGGUCGACGGGACCUGCAGCACUGCCAAGACAGUGAACAUUGCGGCCUCAAUCACCGGAUACCAGGACGUGCCGGCCAACAACGAGAAGGCCCUCUUGCAGGCCGUGGCGAACCAGCCGGUCUCGGUGGCGAUCGAGGGGAGUGGGUUCUCUUUCCAAUUCUACUCGGGUGGGGUGUUCACGGGCUCGUGCGGGACUAGCCUUGACCAUGCCGUCACAGCAGUCGGGUAUGGCACGUCCUCUGGCGGGACCAAGUAUUGGCUGCUGAAGAAUUCGUGGGGCCCCGGGUGGGGCGAGAGCGGGUACAUGAGGAUCCUGAGGGACGUGAGCUCUAAGACCGGUCUCUGUGGUCUUGCCAUGGAAGCUUCUUACCCAACCGCAUGAUACUAGCUUAUAUAAGUCGUACAGGUUCUUAGCCUCACUCAAAAAUAUGAAAUGAUGUCUUAGGGCCCCUGUAAAAGAAGCAAGUGUAAGUGAUAAUACAUCACUAGGGGAUGGUGUGUCCUACAUAAAAAAACUGUUAUACCGUUAGCAAAAUUAAGGGCCUGCCAAUUAAAUUUGGUACUAAGUAUUCAAAUGAUUGUACUAUACAGUAUAAUGAAUGGAAUAGUUUAGUCAGCGUGAUUUUAAGUC